ACAAAAUCAGGCUGGGCUUGGUGGCUCAUGCCUGUAUUCAUAGAACUUUGGGAGACUGGGGCCUAGGUGACAUACAGGACGCGCCCAAGCCCACUCCUGCAGCCCGCCGCUGCUCCGGCCUGGCCCGGAGGGUGCUGACCAUCGCCUUCGCCCUGCUCAUCCUGGGCCUCAUGACCUGGGCCUACGCCGCCGGGGUGCCGCUGGCCUCCGAUCGCUACGGCCUCCUGGCCUUCGGCCUCUACGGGGCCUUCCUUUCAGCGCACCUGAUGGCGCAGAGCCUCUUCGCGUACCUGGAGCACCGGCGGGUGGCGGCGGCGGCGCGGCGCGCGACGGCGCGGGGGCCCCUGGAUGCAGCCACCGCACGCAGCGUGGCGCUGACCAUCUCCGCCUACCAGGAGGACCCCGCGUACCUGCGCCAGUGCCUGGCGUCCGCCCGCGCCCUGCUGUACCCGCGCGCGCGGCUGCGCGUCCUCAUGGUGGUGGAUGGCAAUCGCGCCGAGGACCUCUACAUGGUCGACAUGUUCCGCGAGGUCUUCGCUGACGAGGACCCCGCCACGUACGUGUGGGACGGUAACUACCACCAGCCCUGGGAACCCGCGGCGGCGGGCGCGGUGGGCGCUGGAGCCUACCGGGAGGUGGAGGCGGAGGAUCCCGGGCGGCUGGCGGUGGAGGCGCUGGUGAGGACUCGCAGGUGCGUGUGCGUGGCGCAGCGCUGGGGCGGCAAGCGCGAGGUCAUGUACACAGCCUUCAAGGCGCUCGGAGACUCGGUGGACUACGUGCAGGUCUGUGACUCAGACACAAGGUUGGACCCCAUGGCACUGCUGGAGCUCGUGCGGGUACUGGACGAGGACCCCUGGGUAGGGGCUGUUGGUGGGGACGUGCGCAUCCUUAACCCUCUGGACUCCUGGGUCAGCUUCCUAAGCAGCCUGAGAUACUGGGUAGCCUUCAAUGUGGAGCGGGCUUGUCAGAGCUACUUCCACUGUGUGUCCUGCAUCAGCGGUCCUCUAGGCCUAUAUAGGAACAACCUCUUGCAGCAGUUUCUUGAGGCCUGGUACAACCAGAAGUUCCUGGGCACCCACUGUACUUUUGGGGAUGACCGGCACCUCACCAACCGCAUGCUCAGCAUGGGUUACGCUACCAAGUACACCUCCAGGUCCCGCUGCUACUCAGAGACGCCCUCGUCCUUCCUGCGGUGGCUGAGCCAGCAGACACGCUGGUCCAAGUCGUACUUCCGUGAGUGGCUGUACAACGCGCUGUGGUGGCACCGGCACCAUGCGUGGAUGACCUACGAGGCGGUGGUCUCCGGCCUAUUCCCCUUCUUCGUGGCGGCCACUGUGUUGCGUCUGUUCUACGCGGGCCGCCCGUGGGCGCUGCUGUGGGUGCUGCUAUGCGUGCAGGGCGUGGCACUGGCCAAGGCGGCCUUCGCGGCCUGGCUGCGGGGCUGCCUGCGCAUGGUGCUGCUGUCGCUCUACGCACCCCUCUACAUGUGUGGCCUCCUGCCUGCCAAGUUCCUGGCGCUAGUCACCAUGAACCAGAGUGGCUGGGGCACCUCGGGCCGGCGGAAGCUGGCUGCUAACUACGUCCCUCUGCUGCCCCUGGCGCUCUGGGCGCUGCUGCUGCUUGGGGGCCUGGUCCGCAGCGUGGCACACGAGGUCAGGGCCGACUGGAGCGGCCCUUCCCGCGCAGCCGAGGCCUACCACUUGGCCGCGGGGGCCGGCGCCUACGUGGGCUACUGGGUAGUCAUGUUGACUCUGUACUGGGUGGGCGUGCGGAGGCUUUGCCGGCGGCGGACCGGGGGCUACCGCGUCCAGGUGUGAAUCCAGCCACGCGGAUGCCGCCUCAAGGGUCUUCAGGGGAGGCCAGAGGAGACCUGCAGGGCCCCGAGCCACGAACUUGCUUGGUGGUUCUCUGGGCCUCAGUUUCCCUCCUCUGCAAAACGAGGGGAUCAGCCCAAGAUUCUUCAGUCUGGACUAUAUUGGGACUAGGACUUCUGGGUCUCUAGGGAGGGUAUUUAUUGGUCAGGGUGUGGGAUUUGAGGAGUGGAGGGGAAAGGGUCCUGCUUUCUCCUCGUUCUUAUUUAAUCUCCAUUUCUACUGUGUGAUCAGGAUGUAAUAAAGAAUUUUAUUUAUUUUC